UUUCUCGUUCAUUUUGUUUAUAUUCUUUUUCUUAAAUUAAUCAGGUUAUUAUGUUAGGUUAUUAUGUAUAUUACUGUACUUUAUCAAUUUAAGGUCGCAUGUGAAGCUUUUCGGUAGCGUCAUGUGAAGAGCUAGCUUGUAAAUACUACCGUAGUACCCGUUAGUCUUUUGUUGCUGUCGAGUUUUCAUCAUUCGUACUAAGCUGCAUUAAGUUAUUUAUGAUUUUCGAGCCAGCAGGAUAAACUACUUAAACAUUCACAACGAAACUGUGGUUAUUUGUUUUCCAUUUUCCGGUUUUAAACAGACAGUGUUUGUUUCAGAAACAACAAACCGUGUUUGUUUAAGAACGCUGUCUUAAACAAAGACCGUGUUCUCUGUCCAACUCAUCAAAAUGUUAAGCAACACAUUCCAGCGUGCAAAGAUGGUGCCACUGGAGCAACUCCACCUCAAUCACGUCUUACAGACAGUGUCUGCACUGGAGUCCGUCAUCCUUCGCAGUUUUGGACCUGAAGGAGGACAGGUGUUGUUCACUAGAGAUACAGGACAAGUGAUGUUGAGCCGAAGCGGAAAACGCAUCCUCACUGCACUACAUCUGGAUCACCCACUGGCCAGGAUGGUGGUGAGGUGCGUCUGGAAGCACAGCACAAUAACUGGUGAUGGAUCCAAAACUUUUGUUCUUCUGCUUGCAUCAUUACUGCGAAUAAUUCAUGCAACAGCCUCUAAGGAGACUCAUAUGUUUCAGUCUCAUAAUUCCACAAAAGCAGCAGAAGCUGCCACUGCCAGGCACUUGGCUGACAAACUGCUAGAAUUUGCGCUGACUGAGUUGGAUAAAUUCAUUGUGCUGAAUGUGCUGCCACAUGGAUUCUGUGUUUCAUUAGAGAAUUUCACAGCGAAAACACAACAUAAUCUCAGUUUUCAAACUCUUCUGGUAUCGUUUUUUCACACACGCCUGGGCUAUGCGUAUUGUGACUUUUUCCGCAACCUCUUCUGUGAACUGCUCAGUCACUGGAAGGUAAAAGACGACCAACCCUCAUUCUCCAUUCAACUUUUAAAUAACAGCUUCCCAGCACUGCAUACCCAAGUAUCAGGCGUCCCUGUCAGCUGCUCACGUUUGAUUGAAGGGCAGGUGAUUCACAGAGACUUUGCUACGCCUUGCCCCCAAGUAAGAAAGCAGCCACUUAAAGCUGCAGUUUUCAAUGGAUACCUGCAGCCGAAAUUACUCACCACAGGAGAUGUACUUGAGUUGCGUUGUGGAGACAAAGUGACAGAGGACAGCGGUAUUGUGCACUUUAGCUCUUGGACAGAAAGGUCAGUGGAGAGCAUAAUUGCAACUCUGCAGAGUUUUGGUGUCUCUGUCCUUUUGUGUGCACUGAAACAGUCCUCUGCUGUCCUGGCUGCAGCAACACAGGCAGGGAUGUGCCUUGUGGAGUGUGUCAGUGAAGAAGAAAUUUCUCUGUUUACGCAGCUAAGUGGGGUAACACCCAUCUCAGACUGCAGGAGGAUUCAUCCAGAGCAUAUUGCAACACUGACUUUCUGUAAACCAUUACUGCUUGGAGCCCACAGAUUUGGCUUGAUGAUGAAGAAUGUGUCCCUUCUUCAGGGGACACAGGAGGCUGAUCGAUGAAGGCAGGCGUCCCUGCAGGUCUGUUGAGCUUUCGCCUCUGCAUUGAUGCUGAGAUGAGGCUUUGGGUGCUGGUUGUUCUUGCCUUUGACCUUUAUCUUUGGGGUCUGAACCCAGAUGAUGAGAGAAGUGCAAUUUGGUGCCACAGAUUGCAGAACUGAUGGGUUGGUCCCAGUCUUCGGUUAAGCUGUGGCGCCGGCACUUCCUCAGCUGCAGAGUUCUUUAUUCGUCUCAAUCUUGGCUUGAAGCUGCCUGGAGGAUCCAACAAACAGUUCCUCUUUUGCAUCGGUUUUUAUAGGGGUUCCCACACUGUGAACCUGUUCGCAGUGGCUAGCACUUUUGCCAUGCUGGUUUUAUUGACUGUCUGAUCCACCUUUGUUUUGGAGCCAUUAUGUCAUGUCUGUGUUCUUGUUCCGGGCCUGCUCAAGGAUCCCACUCCAUCCUUUCGCCUGCACACACAGGCCUUCUCUCAGCAGUCUGAGUCUCCUCCAACUGUUUUCUGUUUCCCUGAUCAGCAAACUCUGCUCCGUUGGUUCCUCUUUUGUCCUGAACUGCGCCCAGGAGAGACCAGUCACAUUUGCUCUACUUUCAGUUCUCCCUUUUCCUUUCUAUCUGUCAUCUAGUAUCUGCCUCCAACACAACAUCAGUGAUCUUUGAUUGCAGUUACACAUUCCACAUCAUUUCAAGUUCAUUGUCAAAAUCACAUCUAUAACCUCUUUUAGCUUCUCUGAUUCAGCAUUAAAACAAUAUUAAUACAAAUAUUUUGCAUUGGGUCUUAUUCAGUUACUCAAAGUGUUUAGACUUUGUUCUGUAAAACUUUCUGCAGGCUGGAAACUUACUUCCUCUUUUUUCAGGUUCCUGCUGUUCCUUCUUCAUGGCUUGGCAGCACUCUAUCUAUCUGUGAUUAUGACUAUGCUUUCUUAUGAUUCUGUAUACAAAAAUAAAUAGAAUUAAAGAAAAGUUUUCAUGACACAAAACAAAAGCACAACCUCAUUGAUCUUAAUGAAGUUUGAUUCUACUGUUGGGUUUAGAAAUUACUUUGUAUGAUCAAUUUUAAAAGUAAUUUCUUCUAUUGUUACUGCUAAACUAAAGUGUUCACCAUGGAAAAAAUAGGAGGAUCUCGAGUUAUCUUGAAACAUACAUUGAUGUUUCAUGGAUGUAACAAUGUAGAAUGUGAAAAAAAAACUCCUGGUAUAUGUGUAAUUUUUCAAGUCAUUGUUAUCUGCUGUACAACAUUCAAGUUAACUAUUGUCAUUUUGUUUUUGACAGAUACGUUCAUUUGGACUUCCAUGAUUGUGAAGAAAGACUCAAAGUUAAACCUUGUAGCCUGGUGAUUUGUGCCCCAAGCGAAGGUCAAGCUGAUCAGCAUGCAUGUGCAUUUCAAGACGCCCUUCGAAUGCUACUGACA